CUGCCUUUACGCAGACAACAGUAAAGAGAGGAGAGGAGCGGCAACUGGGACUGAAGAAGAGAGCGGCGACUGGGACUGAAGAAGAGAGAAGAGAGGUAAUUGGGACUGAAGAGAAGAGCAGUAAACUGAGACUUUUAAUUUAACCCGAACAAAUUCUUAUUUCCAACGACAGCCUAGGAACAGUGAGUUAACUGCCUUGUUCAACAGAUUUGUACCUUGUCAGCUCAGGGAUUCAAUCUUGCAACCUUUCGGCUAGUAGUCCAAAGCUUUAUCCCGUAGGCUACUGUUCUGCCGACUGAAGAAAAGAUUGGUAACUGGGACUGAAGAGAAGAGCGAUAACUGGGACUGAAGAGAAGAGAGAUAACUGGGACUGAAGAGAAGAGAGAUGACUGGGACUGAAGAGAAGAGAGAUAACUGGGACUGAAGAGAAGAGCCGUAACUGGGACUGAAGAGAAGAGCCGUAACUGGGACUGAAGAGAAGAGCCGUAACUGGGACUGAAGAGAAGAGAGAUAACUGGGACCGAAGGAAAGAUGGGUAACUGGGACUGAUGAGAAGAGCUUUACUUACAGCUUCAACGUCUGGGAUUAUAUUGCCUUUAUUACAUUAUUUCUCUAGAUGUAUGAUUUCUCCAUCUGUCUCCUAGAGGUCUGACAGUGUACGAGGACCCGGUGAGGGCUUGAGAAGCAGAGUGAUGAAUACAGGAAGUCAGAUUCGCCUUCUGCUGUGGAAGAAUUGGACUCUACGCAAGAGACAGAAGAUCCGCUUCCUGGUGGAGAUUCUGUGGCCGGUGGUUCUGUUCAUUGGUCUGGUGUGGUUGAGGAAAGCCAACCCCCUUUAUAAACAACAUGAAUGUCACUUCCCCAACAAGGCCAUGCCUUCCACAGGUAUCAUCCCAUGGAUCCAGGGUAUCUUCUGUAACGCCAACAACCCCUGUUUCAAACACCCUACCAGGGCAGAGGGCCCUGGGGUCGUCUCCAACUACAACAACUGCAUACUGGCGCGGUUCUGGGCUGACUCCAAUGAGUUGUUGUUCGACGACCCAGAGUUCCAGCAGUUGGGUCGGCUGUGGGAGGACAUGGCCGUCAUGAACAACUUCAUGGACACCAUCUGUAACACACCAGAACAGAUAGCCGGUCGAGGUCUGAAGAUAGAGGAUAUCCUGAAGGAUGAUGAGAUGUUGACAGCCUUCCUGCUGAGAGACGUUGGCCUGUCAGAGUCUGUGGUUCAUUCGCUGGUCAACGCUCAAGUCCGUCCAGAACAGUUUGCCCACGGUGUUCCAGACCUCCACUUGAAGGACAUUGCCUGCAGCCAGGCUCUUCUGGAGAGGUUUAUAAUCUUCCCCAGCCGGAGAGGCAUGUACGGAGUACGUAACGCUAUGUGUGCCCUGACACAGCAGCGCCUGCAGAAGAUAGAGGACAUGCUCUAUGCUAACGUUGACUUCUUCAAGAUCUUCAGACUGCUGCCCCGGGUGUUGGACAACCACACGGACGGACCAGACCUACGAUACUGGGGACGUGUUCUAACCGCUGUAUCAGAGAAGGUCCAAGUGCUCUUUGAGAGAAACAGCACCAAGGACCUACUGAAGAUAGUCUAUCCGUUGUUCCGGGCUGGUGGUCCCAGCUCCUUUAGCCAGCUGAUGAGCAUUGUGUCUGCCCUGUUCUGUGGGUACCCAGACGGAGAGGGAUCCAGGGUCCUCUCCUUCAACUGGUACGAAGACAACAACUACAAGGUGUUCCUGGGGGUGAAUGGAUCCAAGAACCACGACUAUGUCUAUGACAUGACAACCACUCCGUUCUGUAACGACCUGAUGCAGACUCUGGAGUCUAACCCGGUCACUAAGAUCAUCUGGAGUUCAGUCAAGCCUCUCUUCAUGGGGAAGAUCCUCUACGCUCCAGACUCCCCAGCCAUCAGACUGAUACUAAAGAGUGCCAACACUACGUUUGAGGAGCUGGAGCGUCUGAUGACCAUGGGAAAAGCCUGGGAGGAGGUGGGACCUCAAAUCUGGAGGUUCUUCAACGCUGGCAUACAGAUAAACAUGAUCAGGGACACCAUCAGAAACCCCACGGUAUCAGACCUAAUAGACAGGAGUAUGGAGGACACUGAGUUCUCCUCUAAAGACAUCCUCAACUUCCUGUACAACGGGCUGGAGGAGGACAGAGAAGAGACCAUGCCCAGCUUCGACUGGAGGAACGUCUUCAACCUCACAGACCAGGCCGUCCGCAUGUUCAACCAGUAUGGAGAGUGUAUCAGUUUGGAUAAGUUCAAGCCCCAUACAGACGAGGAUCAGCUGACCCACCAGGCUCUCUUUCUAUUGGAGGAGAAUAAGUUCUGGGCAGGGCUAGUCUUCCUGGAUGUCUACCCCUGGACCACUACCGUGCCGCGUCACGUCAGGUACAAGAUACGCAUGGACAUCGACCAAGUGGAGAGAACCAACAAGAUCAAAGACAGGUAUUGGGACCCUGGUCCCAGAGCAGACCCUAUGGAGGAUCUGAGGUAUAUCUGGGGUGGCUUUGCCUAUCUACAGGACAUGGUAGAGCAUGGCAUACUGAAGAUACAGACGGGACACGACUGGCCCCUGGGAGUCUACGUACAACAGAUGCCAUACCCCUGCUAUGUAGACGACCUCUUCAUGUUGACUCUGAACCGGUGCUUCCCUAUCUUCAUGGUGCUAGCGUGGAUCUACUCUGUGUCUAUGACGGUGAAGAGCAUCGUUCUGGAGAAGGAGCUACGCCUCAAAGAGACACUCAAGGCCAUGGGAGUGACCAACGGAGUGAUCUGGUACACCUGGUUUAUAGACAGCUUCAUCAUGAUGACCGCCAGCACAGCCCUGCUCACACUGAUUAUUAUGGCUGGUAAGGUGUUGAACUACUCCAACCCGUUGGUAGUGUUCCUGUUCCUCCUGACGUUCACCAUGGCCACCAUCAUGCAGUGUUUCCUUCUCAGUGUGUUCUUCAACAAGGCCAACCUGGCUGCAGCGUGCAGUGGUAUCAUCUACUUCACCCUCUACCUGCCCCACAUCCUCUGUGUGGCCUGGCAGGACCGCAUCACCAAGAACGCCAAGAUCACAGCGAGUCUGCUGUCCCCAGUAGCGUUUGGUUUUGGGACGGAGUACCUGUCUCGUUAUGAGGAGCAGGGCCUGGGUCUGCAGUGGGACAACAUCGGCACCAGUCCACUAGAGGGCGAUGCCUACUCCUUCUUCACCUCCAUAGGCAUGAUGAUGUUUGACGCCGUGCUCUAUGGCUUCCUGGCAUGGUACCUUGACAACGUCUUCCCAGGUCAGUAUGGGAUUGGACGACCAUUCUACUUCCCAUUCCAGCCCUCCUAUUGGCAAAGGUCUGAACCCACCCUCUCCAACAUUCCAGACUCAGAUCCAGAGAAGCCCGACGUGGACAUGGACGUAGACAGUAUGUGUUCACCUAGGAGGUGUAAUGGCGUGGGGGUAAAGAAACCCUGCAAACACCAGGACAAGAGAGAGAGGAUGGAGAGAGAGAGGGAGGAGCUGCUGAAACGACAGGAAGAAGAACAGAACAAGGAGGAGCAGGAAGAGGACCUGACGGGUCAGUUGUUCUUUGAGCCGGAGCCAGCAGGUCUGACCGUGGGGGUAGAGAUUCAGGACUUGGUCAAGGUGUUUCCUGGGGGAUCCCGUCCGGCCGUGGAUCACCUCAGCAUCGCCUUCUACGAGGGCCAGAUCACAUCGUUCCUAGGACACAACGGAGCCGGGAAAACCACCACUAUGUCUAUCCUGACUGGUCUGUUCCCUCCUACAUCUGGGACAGCCUUUAUCAAUGGGAGAGACAUUAGGACUGACAUGGACAGUAUCCGCACAUCCUUGGGCAUGUGUCCCCAGUACAAUAUCCUCUUCAAACAUCUGACGGUGGAGGAACACAUCCUGUUCUACUCCCUGCUGAAGGGCACCUCUCAGGCUGAGGCUCAACAGGCGGUCAAUGUCAUGCUGGAGGACCUGGGCCUGCCUCAUAAGAGAGACGAGGAGGCACAGAACCUCUCAGGGGGUAUGCAGAGGAAGCUGUCUGUUGCCAUGGCAUUUGUUGGGGGGUCAAAGAUUGUGAUCCUGGAUGAGCCCACGUCGGGGGUCGACCCUUACUCCAGACGGUCCAUCUGGGACCUGCUACUCAAAUACCGCACAGGUCGUACAGUGAUCCUGUCCACUCACCACAUGGACGAGGCUGACCUGUUGAGUGACCGUGUGGCCAUCAUCUCUAAGGGCCAGCUCCAUUGCUGUGGCUCCCCCCUCUUCCUCAAGAACUGCUUCGGGGUGGGAUUCUACCUCACCUUGGUCCGACGCAUGAAGGACGUGAGGAAAAAAGAGAAUGAGUGUGACUGUGCCUCAGAGUGUUCCUGUACCUGUUCCACCUGCACCAAGGUGAAAGAGGAAUCCCAGGGCCAGUCCCAGCAGCUGGAGAGAGCUCUGGAUGGUGAUGUGGACAACAUCACCACGCUGAUCCAUCACCACGUCCCAGAAGCCAAGCUCAUCGAGGCCAUCGGCCAGGAGCUGACUUUCCUGCUGCCCAACAAGGGUUUCAAGCACCGGGCCUACGCCUCGCUCUUCAGAGAACUAGAGGAAACACUGGGAGACAUGGGCCUCAGCAGCUUCGGCAUCUCUGACACAUCACUGGAGGAGAUCUUUCUGAAGGUGACAGCAGAUGGGGAAGAAGCAGCAGCUAAUGCCAAAACUCCAGAACAGUGGAUGUUGCUGAAGAGAACCAAAAGCUGCAGUAAAGUUGGUGUGGAGGAGGGUGAACCUGAAGAGGCUAACGGUCUGAAGCAGGCCAACGGUGGGGGUAACCAUGACGACGACAGCGCUGGGAAAGGGUCGAGUCAGGUCAAAGGAGCCAAUCUGGUCAUGAAGCAGUUUCUGGCCCUGCUGGUCAAGAGGUUUCACCAUGCUACCAGAUCAUACAAAGACUUCCUCGCACAGAUCGUCCUGCCUGCUAGCUUCGUCCUGAUAGCCCUGAUCUUCACCAUGAUCGUGCCUCCGUUCGGAGAGUACCCCCCCCUCAUCCUCACUCCCUGGAUGUAUGGAAAGCAGUUAACGUUCUUCAGUAACGAGCGACUGGAAAACCUCCAGAUGAGACAUUUCACCAAGGUGUUGCUGAACCCCCCUGGCCUUGGCACUCGCUGUAUGGCAGGAAGCCCUCUACAAAACCUGCCCUGUGAGAAUGAGACAUUGGCCUGGGAGACACCUGCGGUUUCUUCAAUAGCCAAUAACAUCCUGCAGAGCCCUGAGUGGCACCCGCUAAACCCCUCCCCUUCCUGCCAGUGCAGCACCAAUAAGAAGCUGACUAUGUUACCCAUCUGUCCAAUCGGAGCUGGGGGGUUGCCCCCUAUGCAGAGGAAAGAGGCUACGGGAGAUAUACUACUGGACCUGACUGAUAGAAACAUUACAGACUACCUGGUUAAAACCUACCCCAGCCUCAUCAGACAAAGUUUGAAGAGCAAAUAUUGGGUGAAUGAACAAAGGUAUGGAGGCCUGUCUGUUGGAGGUCAGCUGCCCAUACUGGAAGUCAGCCCUAAACAGAUCCAGGAUACCCUCUCUCAACUGAUGAAGAUGCUCAACGUCACUGGGGGUCCCUACACAAAACAAUCGCUGCAGGAGAUCGGACCUUUCCUCAGAUACAUGGAAAGUGAAUACAAUGUCAAAGUCUGGUACAACAACAAAGGCUGGCACGCCAUGGUGGCCUUCAUGAAUGUGGCCAACAACGCCAUUCUCAGGGCCCACCUGCCUCGUAACGUUGACCCCAUGCAGUACGGCAUCACAGCCAUCAACCACCCCCUCAACCUCACCAAGGAACAGCUGUCGGAAGUCACUGUGUUGAAGACAUCAGUAGAUGCCGUGACAGCUAUCUGUGUGAUCUUUGCCAUGUCCUUCAUCCCAGCCUCGUUUGUCCUCUACCUGAUCCAGGAGAGAGUAACCAAGGCCAAACACCUCCAGUUCGUCAGCGGGGUCAGCCCCCUUGUCUACUGGUUAGCCAACUUCUUCUGGGAUAUGAUGAACUACUCUCUCAGUACAGCCAUGGUGGUGGGGAUCUUUGUGGCCUUCGACAAGAAGUGUUACACCUCACCCACCAACAUGCCAGCCCUCGUUCUCCUGCUCUUCCUGUAUGGGUGGUCAGUAACCCCCAUGAUGUACCCCAUGUCAUACAUCUUUAACAUCCCCAGUACAGCCUACGUCUCUCUGUCCUGCAUCAACCUGUUCAUCGGCAUCAACAGCAGCGCCCUCACCUUCAUAUUGGAACUGUUCGAGAACAACCGGGCCUUGUUAGAGUUCAAUGAGUGGCUGAAGAAAGGCCUCCUGGUCUUCCCUCACUUCUGUCUGGGCCGGGGGCUGAUUGACAUGGCUAUGAACCAGGCGGUGACUGAUGUCUAUGCACACUUUGGUGAGGACCGUGCCAUGGAUCCGUUCAAAUGGGACUUUGUAGGGAAGAACCUGGUCUUCAUGGCUAUAGAGGGAUGUGUCUAUUUCCUCUUCACUAUCCUCAUAGAGUACCGCUUCUUCCUCGACCACUGGUUAUCAGACUUCCGAGGGCCCCCUCCUAAAGAUGAGGACGAGGACGUGGCGGCGGAGAGAGAGAGGAUCUAUAACGGCGGGAACAAGAGUGACAUCCUCCAGAUCAGAGACCUCUGCAAGACGUACUCUGGGAAGACGAGACAAGCGGUGGACAGGAUCUGUGUGGGCGUGCCUGCAGGAGAGUGUUUCGGUCUGUUAGGAGUGAACGGAGCCGGGAAAACGACCACCUUUAAGAUGUUGACUGGGGACACAGACGUUAGUUCUGGAGAGGCCACUGUCUCUGGAUACAGUAUCCUGUCGGACAUGUUGGACGUGCACCAGAACAUGGGCUACUGCCCUCAGUUUGACGCUAUAGACGACCUGCUGACAGGCAGGGAACAUCUUUACCUCUACGCUCGUCUCCGAGGGGUCCCCGAGUCAGACAUCAGCAGAGUGGCAGAUUGGGGCAUCCAGAAGCUGGGUCUAUCAGAGUACGCUGGUCGCUGUGCAGGAACAUACAGCGGAGGCAACAAGAGGAAACUUUCCACAGCCAUCGCUAUGAUUGGCUGCCCAGCCCUGGUUCUACUGGAUGAACCAACUACAGGUAUGGACCCCCACUCCCGGCGGUUCCUGUGGACUGCCAUUAUGAGUGUCAUCCAGGACGGGAGGGCCGUGGUUUUGACUUCACACAGCAUGGAGGAGUGUGAAGCUCUGUGCACUCGGUUGGCCAUCAUGGUCAAUGGCACCUUCAAAUGUCUGGGGACCAUACAGCACCUCAAAUACAAGUUUGGCGAUGGCUACGUGGUGACCAUGAAAAUAAAGGCAGCUAAAGCAGGCGUAUCUCCAGAACUGGGUCCAGCAGAGAGCUUCAUGGAGAGCAGCUUCCCAGGGUGUGUCCAGAGAGAGAAACACUACAACACUCUGCAGUAUGAGAUCGCCUCCUCCUCCCUCGCUAGGAUCUUCCAGCUUGUGGUCGCCAACAAGGACAAACUCAAUAUAGAGGAUUACUCUGUAUCACAGACUACACUAGAUCAGGUGUUUGUGAACUUUGCUAAGCAGCAGGCAGGAGAGGACGAGGACAUUUUACAACCCCGAGCGGUCAACGCGCGCAACGAAAAACAAAAUGUCCCCACGAAACGCAAGGUCUCCCCCAUCAAGAUAAAAACCAGAAGACAAAAUAAAACUUGAAAGUUAAUCUGUGAAAAUAUGACUUCCUAACGGAAUGUAUUGUCAAAAUGUUUAAUGCAGAAAACCGACUAAAUGUAUUGUAAUAGCUAGACAUGCACAGGCACACUGGCAGUAUAAUGAGAACAUUUUGAAAUUAAUGGAAAUUAUGGUUAGAUUCAUGAAUUAUGUUUGGAAUAUGUUCCUUAGGCUUUGGAAGUUAUAUUUUUGCCUGUUGAUUGUGUAUUGUGUAAAAUGGCUGCCAAAAGUCAAGAAGAGGUCACGUUUGCAGGACACAGACGUCAGUUGACAGCAGAUAGCUCCUCAAACACACCAGGGGUGUGAUCUCAAUAGUUUGGCUUCCUUGCCUCAUCUCAUUUUCACGUGUUCAUUGAAGAGGAAGCAGCUUCCUUGGUUUAUGAGGGGGCUGCUUCCUCUCCUCAUCUCAUUUUCACGUGUUCAUUGAAGAGGAAGCAGCUUCCUUGGUUUAUGAGGGGGCUGCUUCCUCUCCUCAUCUCAUUUUCACGUGUUCAUUGAAGAGGAAGCUGCUCCCUUGGUUUAUGAGGGGGCUGCUUCCUCGUCAACUAAACACACCUACACAGAGAAUAGGUCCCUGUUUUGUUUUGUUAUUACGCAGUAUCAAUACGGGACCACAAGAUGGCGCUGCAUUUACACUGACAUUUAUAUACCAAAACUAAUAAAAAUGCUUAGAUAAUUUAUAUAGCCUUUCAAAUAAUGUGUAGAAAAAAAUCUUGCUUGGCUUAUAUAUUUGUUUUGCCAUUUUCAUUCAUUUAGGACAUAUUCUGUUAGUCAUUUAGCAGACGCUCUUAUCCAGAGAGACUUACAGAGAGCUAGGUGACACAACCACAAUCAUAUUAAGUAAAAAUUUUCCCCCCUCAAGGUAGCUAUCAGUGCUGGUAGGGAGGUGGGUUGGUGUGGGAUUAUUUAAGAUACGAUUUGAAAAGGUAAGGUUUCAGAUCCUAAGCACAGCUAAUGUAUAGUGCAGGGGAACAAUGUAAUUUUACCUUUAUUUAACCAGGCAAGUCAGUUAAGAACAAAUUCUUAUUUACAAUGACGGCGUAGGAACAGUGGGUUUAACUGCCUGUUCAGGGGCAGAACGACAGAUUUGUACCUUGUCAGCUCGGGGAUUUGAACUAGCAACCUUUCGGUGACUGGCCCAACACUCUAACCACUAGGCUACCCUGCCACCCACAGAGGGCUGUGUGGGUGCAGGCUUUUGUUCUAGCCAAGCAGUCUCGGUUGAAGACAACGACUCUUAGUUGAUUAGUUGAAUCAGGUGAGUUUCUGCUUGGCUGGAAUGAAAAGCUGCACAUAUAUGAUAUAGGCUUUCACUCCUGUUUUAGUGGACUCAAACACAACGUAACGAACAAACCGCAAAAUAUAUUAUAUAUUUUUAUUGUUACCAUUUUUAGUUGUUUUUUGAAACUUCAUGUCAUUUUCAGUUUGUCAUUUGAAAUGUCAUGAUAACUGUGUUUAACAUGUUACAAAUGCUGUUUCUAAUCAAGAAGACGCUUUUUUGGGAUUUACGCUUCCAUUUCCUACGAUCAGGGACGGGCAGCUUUGAUGGGGUUGGGAGCCACAAAAAAUCUGAAGUCAUUAUGAGGGGUCAUAGUGGCUGGCGGGUCGGUAUACCCACAUUUAUAGACCAAAAACUACUAAUAAUGCUUAGCUCAUUUACAUAGCCGUUCAAAUAAUGUAGAAAUACCUUGCUUGGUUUAUAUAUUCUACACAUUUUGCCAUUGGGAUGUAAAGAACAUUUUGCUGUUUUAAAUCAAGUAUUUUGCAAUUCUACAAAUUUUGACCAUUGGGACAGAGAGCAGAUUUGGCAAUUUUCUGACACAUUUCCUUUAAUUCUACUCAUUUUUCUAUUGGGUGGAGAGAAAUGUGAGGCUGACCAACAAAAUCAAAUGCCGCCCCCCCCCCCCGGCUGGUGAAUCCACCACACUACCUUUUGUUUAUAGCUGGCCGCUAGACUCAUUUACUAAUCAAAUUUGUUUUGGCUGACAUUUCAACAGUGAUAAAUAAAGAGAAAACAAGAGAAAAACUGCUGAUGUACAACCACAUUUCAAAAUGGCACCUUGUGCAUUCUACCCCCCUCCACCCUCCAGCGAGGGCCUUCAUUAGGGGCCCCUCGCGGGCUGCCAGUUGCCCAUCCCUAUCAUAGCUAGUAUUAUGGAUGAGAAUAGAUAUGUGUAUCAACUUCAACUGAUGCCAUGCUUUAACAGCAAAACACUGGCCCUGUUAAAUCCAAAUGGGUUCAUGAAUAACACAAAGUUACUGUGAACAAAACAAAUAGAACAGUCCCACUGUAAAACUAACAACGUAAACAAAUAAGAUGAAAAUACUAAUAAUAUCACACAAAUUAAAAGUUAUGGUUACUUCAUCUGACUGAACAGGGCCGUCCGUCCUUUAACCGGGGGACAAGUGCACUAGACUUCAAGUGCACUAGACUUCAAGUGCACUAGACUUCAAGUGCACUAGACUUCAAGUGCACUAGACUUCAAGUGCACUAGACUUCAAAUGCACUAGACUUCAAAUGCACUAGACUUCAAAUGCACUAGACUUCAAGUGCACUAGACUUCAAGACCACUACUAUAACGUAUACACAUUGUCACUCACAUAAACUGUGCUGCAACGAUGAU